UGGAAGUCAGCCCCGCGAGUUUUCCACCAAAAAAACCAAAAAAAAGAAGAAAAUUCUGGGAACCAAAAUAAUAAAUAAAUCAUAGAUAAAUCCAAAACACGUACAAGUUAAUGGCAAAUUACUCUGAAAAUAAAUAAAAGUACUCUGGUGCUAAUAAAGCGAAUUAAAAAUCAAGUAUUCGCCAGUGUUUUCAACAAUUAAAAUUAAUUCCAUGUUAACAACAACCGCAUCGACAACAACAGAAACAAUGGCCAAAGUGCAAUUCGACGCGUCAAGUGAAUUAAGCGAUUUUUAAAGCUUUACGCUAAAUGAAAUUUGAAUUGCCAAAGGGUUCACUUGUGUGUGCAAAUUAAAUUACGCAAAUCAAAUAAAUGUUUUAACAAAACGAAAGAAAAAUAAAGCGAAAAAAAAUAAAUAAAUACUGAGCGUGGAAGAAAAAUGAAAAAAUAAAAAUGUGGCCCAAACAAUGCCAACGGCAGUGUGUGUAAAUAAUUCAACGAAUAUACAUAUAAAACAUCUAUCAUAGAUAAAUACAACGUUUAACGAAGCACAAAAGCAACUAAGAAAAUAGUAAAAUGUUUAUUUUAACAGUAAUUAAAUUGCUGCUGAUAGCACUGAAUAUAUUCCCCAGUCGAUUCACAAAUCGACGGAUUAUGUUCCUCAUCUAUAUGACGAAUCUGGUGACGCACGUCAUGAUGGAUGAGCCACGCUUCGCCCAACCGAUACCAAACGUUACCGUCGCCGUUGGCCGAGAUGCCAAUCUGCCCUGCGUUGUGGAGCAUUUGGGUGGCUACAAGGUGGCCUGGAUUCACAUCGACCGGCAAAUGAUACUGACCAUCCACCGACAUGUCAUUUCGAGGAUUCCACGCUAUAGCAUCACCUACACGGACAACACGUGGCUGCUGCACGUAAACCAGGCCCAUCAGGAUGAUCGCGGCUACUACAUGUGCCAGGUCAACACGAAUCCAAUGAUUAGCCAGGUUGGCUACCUACAGGUUGUGGUGCCUCCAAACAUACUGGACAUCGAGAGCACGCCCUCCUCGGUGGCGGUGCGUGAAAAUCAAAAUAUCAACAUGACAUGCCGAGCCGAUGGAUUCCCAUCACCGAAAAUCAUUUGGCGGCGUGAGGAUGGCGAGGAAAUUGCCGUUGAGAAGAAGAAGAAAGUGCUUGUGUACGAUGGCGAUGUCCUGCCACUGACCAAAGUAAGUCGCAAUGAAAUGGGCGCCUAUCUGUGCAUUGCCACCAACGGAGUGCCGCCCUCGGUGUCCAAGCGGAUCAUUCUCGACGUGGAGUUCUCGCCAAUGAUUUGGGUGCCAAACCAACUUGUUGGCGCUCCAUCCGGCACAGAUGUAACCAUCGAUUGCCACACGGAGGCGCAUCCCAAGGCCAUCAUCUAUUGGGUAUACAACUCGGUGAUGGUAUUGCCGAGCAAGAAAUAUAAAACCGACUACACGGAGAACUCCUAUCGUGCCCACAUGAAGCUGACGAUAAGAAACCUGCAAUAUGGUGACUUUGGCAACUAUCGAUGCAUCUCGAAGAAUUCGCUGGGGGAAACGGAAGGCUCCAUACGUGUUUACGAAAUACCUUUGCCCUCCACGCCAUCCAAGCAGGUCACCCACACCACCGUCGAGUCCAGGGAGAACAAUAUCAUACCCUCAUCACGCAACGACACAACGAAGGCCCUGCAAACGGAUGUGGGAUAUGCCAUGAAGAACGAUUUAUAUCCCGGCUCAGCCUCAUCCUCGUCCUCUGGAGUUGGGGCCAGCUCCUCGGCGGCCUCGUCCUCGACCUCGAUGCAGACCUCUGCCCUGCCCGGAGGAGCGGCGGGCAACAGCCUGUCGUCCUUGGGCACCAAGGGCUCCCUGGCGACAGGGAAGAGCACGUUCGAUGCGGAUCGACCACCGAAUCAGUAUGCCUCGUCAGUGGCUGCCCCUGGGCUUCAUAGAGCACUGCUCAGCUGCUCGCUGCUCCUGGGCUCUGGAUUCUAUCUGGCCCAGCUCUGAAAUCAAUAAAUCGCUUGAGUUACUCAAUAAGCAUUUCCAAAAUGCAGCCAAAGGGGGUCUAGAAACGGGGCGGGGUUUAGUUUAGGUACAUCAACAUAUUUCAUAGCUGAAAGUAUAUCAAAAACAAAUAAUAUGAAAAACAAAAAAUGCUUCAAACUUGGCUCACUUCAAAGCUAUAGGAAUUUGUAAAAUUAUAUAAAAAGAAAAAGGAAAACCAAAAGGGAAAAGUAUUUCGCAAAACAAUAAAAUGCUCAUUGUAUGUAUAGU